AUGAAUUUAUAUUCAUACAUUUUUCGAGGACCUAGUAUAGAGAGUGUUAGAGGUAAAUUGGAAGAUGUAGAUCAAAAAAGACUGAGCAAUAUCUUUUUCGAUAGUCACCCAGAGUCGGAAGAUGAUAUCGCACCGUUGUUGGUUAAGGAGUAUCUCAAAUUCAUCACUCUCAAAGUAUUGGAUCAAGAUUGGGAUGCAACCAAGUUAUCACCAUCUCCUCUCAUCGAUCAAAUGUGGCACAUUCACAUUCUGGAAACAAAGUCGUAUCAAGAUAUGUGUAACAAGUUUGGAAGAAUGAUUCAUCACAGAGCCAGUAUCAAAGAACAAGAAGAUGAUGAUCCUCUUCUUCAACAAGAAAAACGAAAUAGAUAUCGUCGAACUUUGGAACUAUAUGAAAAAUACUAUCACACGUUUCAAGACAAUACAUCAACUAUUUGGGACACUCAAUAUCUAAAUAUCGAAAACCAUCAUCCUCUCCCCAUCCUAACCAAAAUCGAGUAUGAUCCUGAUGUGACAGUCGAAGCACCGGCACCAGAUAAGCUUGAAAGCCGUAUCAUGCUUCUCACUGUCCGAUUGCCAAAAGGAACAAAAGUCUAUUUGUGGGCCAAAGAACCUUCAACAACGACCAUUGGUCGAGUUACAGACGUUGCAUUGGGUUACACAGGGUACGAUUAUAGAAUCAUCUAUAGAGGCAAACAAAUAGAACCAGAUAUGCUUUUAUCAGAACUAAGAUAUUGUGAUUUUGAAAAUGGUGAUACUUUUGAUAUUGUAUUUAGACUUAGAGGUUGUUAA